GAAGGUGGGUACGUUCCCAGUGACCUGACACCAGAGGAGAGGCAAGAGUUGGAGAACAUCCGGAGGCGGAAGCAGGAGCUGCUGGCCGACAUACAGAGGCUGAAGGAUGAGAUAGCAGAGGUCGCUAAUGAAAUUGAGAGCCUGGGCUCCACAGAAGAAAGGAAAAACAUGCAGAGGAACAAACAAGUGGCCAUGGGCAGGAAAAAAUUUAACAUGGAUCCUAAGAAGGGAAUCCAGUUCUUGAUAGAGAAUGAUCUGCUCAAGAACACCUGUGAAGAUAUUGCCCAGUUCCUGUACAAAGGCGAAGGGCUCAACAAAACAGCCAUCGGUGACUACCUGGGAGAGAGAGAUGACUUUAAUAUCCAGGUUCUGCACGCGUUUGUGGAGUUGCACGAGUUCACAGACCUGAACCUCGUCCAGGCGCUACGGCAGUUCCUCUGGAGCUUCCGGUUACCAGGAGAGGCACAGAAGAUUGACCGGAUGAUGGAGGCCUUUGCCCAGAGAUACUGCCAGUGCAAUAGUGGGGUGUUCCAGUCCACAGACACUUGCUACGUCCUCUCCUUUGCCAUCAUCAUGCUGAACACCAGCCUGCAUAACCCCAACGUCAAAGACAAGCCCACUGUGGAGCGGUUCAUCGCCAUGAACCGAGGCAUCAACGAUGGCGGGGACCUGCCUGAGGAGCUGCUGCGGAAUCUAUACGAGAGCAUCAAAAACGAGCCCUUUAAGAUCCCCGAAGAUGAUGGCAACGACCUCACACACACCUUCUUCAACCCAGACAGGGAAGGCUGGUUGCUCAAACUCGGAGGGGGCCGGGUGAAGACCUGGAAACGGCGCUGGUUCAUUCUGACCGACAACUGCCUCUACUACUUCGAGUACACGACGGACAAGGAGCCCCGGGGAAUCAUCCCUUUGGAGAACUUGAGCAUCCGGGAGGUGGAGGACUCCAAAAAACCGAACUGCUUCGAGCUCUACAUCCCUGACAACAAAGACCAGGUGAUCAAGGCCUGCAAGACAGAGGCGGACGGGCGCGUGGUGGAGGGCAACCACACCGUGUACCGCAUCUCGGCGCCGACGCCUGAGGAGAAGGAGGAGUGGAUCAAGUGCAUUAAGGCAGCCAUCAGCAGGGACCCGUUCUACGAGAUGCUGGCGGCACGCAAGAAGAAGGUCUCCUCCACGAAGAGACACUGA